UUGAUGUAGCCGUCGAGAGCUAAACAAACAUGGCUCUGCCACUUUAUCAGACGUCAGAUCUUUACGAUACGUAGACACAAGAUAUAGCAAGUAUGCGACGAUUAAUCAGAAUAAUGCCAGCCAAAGGCGUAGAUAACCGGGUGUAUUACUGUUGAGUUAGUUAGUUUAGCGUAUCCCUUUGUGACCGUGUUUACACAGUGCUAACUCUUCAGUUGGCUAAUGUAAGCUAGCAAGAUGGACCUUGGAACAAUGUUGUACAACAAUUUAAAAGAUGUUACAUGGAGCACGACGUCCUUGCCGCUAGAUCAACUGGUCAGUGCUUACAGGCUGCCCCAGAUUGUCAAGCUUGAUAACGGUCAGCUGGUUGAAGGGCUCAGGGAAAAUGACUACCUCUUGAUUCAUUCCUGCCGUCAGUGGACAACUAUUACUGCUCACAGUCUAGAGGAGGGACACUACGUCAUUGGGCCCAAAAUAGAGAUUCCAGUUCACUAUGAAGGUCAGUUUAAGCUUCUGGAGCAGGACAGAGAUGUGAAGGAGCCAGUGCAGUACUUCAACAGCGUAGAGGAGGUUGCCAAAGCAUUCCCUGAAAGAGUUUACGUCAUGGAAGAAAUAACUUUCAAUGUUAAGAUGGCUUCAGGGGAAUGCAAUGAAGACACUGAAGUUUACAAUAUCACUCUGAGCACAGGUGAUGAACUGACACUAAUGGGCCAGGCUGAGAUCCUUUAUGCCAAAACCUCCAAAGAGAAAUCAAGAUUCAACACCAUUUUCAAGAAGAUUGGGAAGCUAAACUCGAUCAGUAAGAUCGGUCGAGGAAAGAUGCCGUGUUUGAUCUGCAUGAACCAUCGCACCAAUGAGAGCAUCAGCCUGCCAUUCCAGUGUAAAGGCAGGUUCAGCACAUGUAGUCCGCUCGAGCUGCAGAUGCAAGACGGUGAGCACACCAUCAGGAACAUCGUGGAGAAAACCCGCCUCCCAGUUAAUGUCACAGUGCCCAGCAGUCCGCCCCGCAACCAGCACGACCUCCACCUCAUCCGUGAAGGUCAUCGCUACAAACUUGUCAACAUUCAGACCAAAACUGUGGUUGUAUGCUGCAUUCUGCGGAGCAACAAAAUUAUCCCAACCCACUUCCCUUUCCACAUGGCCAUGCCCCGGUUCAUUAUCCCAGAGGAGCUGCUGCAGGGAGAGCUGUGGCUUGACACCAUGGUGCAUCGCUGGUUCUCCUUCUGCCAGGAGCAGUUUGACAUUGACGACUAUUCCCGAGCUGUCCGGGAUGUACGGACAGACUGGAACGAUGAAGGAAAGAGCCCGAAGAAAAGCAGCGGGAAUGGAAGCUGCAGUGGAAGCAGCGGAGGGAGCAACACCUCCAACGGAUGUCCCAACCACAUGCACAUCCCCAGCUCUUUAACCUAUGCCCGUGAUGAGCUCACGCAGUCCUUCCACAGGCUCUCUGUGUGUGUGUACGGCAGCAACCUGCACGGGAACAGUGAGGUGAACCUGCAGGGCUGUAUGACGCUGUGUGGAGACUGGGCUCUUCUGCCGUCUGAUAGCAUCCCGUCAGACUCAGGAGAGAAUGAACACUAUUUUCCCGAGCUGUUAGAAAACACAAACCAACAAACGUCUCUCAACAAGUCAGAUGUCCCCUAUGAGGAGCUGUGGUUGGAUCACCUGAGAAGUCAGAUCCCUAAACCUUCUUUGAGUGAAGGACUUCAAGGCAUCAACAAUGGCUGUUCUUCAACAGCAGCUCUGUCAUUCCCGGUCACGUGUCCUCUCAGUGCAGCGACAAGCUCAGAUGUUUCUCUGACUCCACCACCUGUCCCACCCAAAUCUGAAGCUGUGAAGGAAGAAUGCCGUCUUCUAAACGCCCCUCCUAUUCCUCCACGUAGUUUGAAACAGAUGCCGACAGUCCCCGUCCUAUCCAAGCCUCGGCAGCAAGACACCCGGUCUCCAAGUCCAACCCUCUCCUAUUACUCCUCUGGACUCCACAACAUUAGUGGAACAAGUGAGCCAGAGGCGGUGGAACCACAAGAGCAGAGUAACGUGUGCUAUCCCUGUAACUGGGCUAAAUCCAGCUGCACUGAACCAAACACUACGCUGUCCAGUGGCAGCCUGCCAUCUGACGGGAUGUCUUCCAGAUUGUCUUGGCCAAAUAACUUCAGCGGAGGAGAAUCCCACGGCAUGGAUGAAUUCCUGCCAACCAGCUGUCGCAGCUACUACAGCUACCCCAGAAAAAGGACCCCGAGCACCCCGAAGACCUGCACGUCCAGCUUGGUCGACUUCGAUGGCAGAGAGCACGCACAAAGCAGCAAAGACUUCAGGCUACAGAAAGAUUCUCUGAACCAGUUCUGCACCAAAUCUUCAAGUUACAAUUCAGACAUGUACAGAGACAAACCGAUAGAAGAAUCAAACACUAAGCAGAGCCUCUCCUGUCCAAUUUUACCACCCAGGACACCAAAAUCAAACGCUGUAAAGAAGUGCACAGAUUUACCGACGGGAUCGAUCUGUGACGGCACACAGGAGACAUCAAACAGCUCUCUGACUCAGACAGAGCCGGGAACUAAAGAGAUAUUUUCCAUCAUCAACACAUUAACUCCUAACUGUCCAUCCUGGCAGCCCCCACCCUGUCUCGCCGGUCUGUCCAUCGAAGAGGUUUCUAAAUCUCUGAGGUUUAUCGGCCUGCCUGACGACAUCGUGUCUCUGUUUGUGUCCGAAAAGAUUGAUGGUAAUUUACUUCUGCAGCUCACAGAGGAGAUUCUGUCUGAGGACUUCAAGCUGAGCAAACUGCAGGUGAAGAAACUGAUGCAGUUUAUAAACGGGUGGAGGCCCAAGAUUUAACUGACCGUAUGUGACACUAAAUCCAGAGACGGUGAUGCCUUCAGUAUAUAUGCUAUGCACACACCAAGCCACAGAGUUUGUUUUGUAUAAUAUGAACUUAAUCCAUGUUCCUUAUUGUGGAGGAGGCUUCUUCUCCACGUCCCCUCUGUGACUGCUCUUUACUAAUUGAAUGAAAUCAUUCGGCACUUUCAUGAAGACGUUUUCAUGUCGGCUUCUUCUUAGUACUUUUCACCCAAAGCCUACAAGUGUUCAUGUCAUAAAAACAAAAAAGAACUUAUUUAAAGUUAAACAUUGAUGCAGCAAGGACAAGAAAACAUCUUUCAAGAGAUGUUCCUGUUAAAGACAGAGUGAUUCUGAUUGCGAUGGAAAAUGUGAUGAAUAGAUGGACAUGAUAACCAACAGAAAAUAUGAUUUUAAUUCAAUAGAUUGUUAAAUAAUGAAAAGUAUGGGGUUAAGUUCUGCUUCCUCCAAGGUCCAGUAAAGGAGGAUGUUGCUCCUUUAUAAAACCAAAACCUAAAUUUAGCUCACAGGUUUCGAGAUAAACCUGUUCUUUUCACAUUUUAAUCACGUGUACAUCCUGAGGGUAAUUCUGGUACUAAACCUGGCUCUAGUUGUGCACAAUAUGAGGUCUAACUGGUUUAAAUUCAAAAAACUUCUGGAGGUGCUAAAGUGAAUUAUUUGGCCCAACACAAAAUUGAACAAGCCAGCUUCAUCCCUUUGGGCAACUUGGCUAAAGUCCAUCCUCUGCUAGUUGUUUUGUCGCACACAGGCUAGGAUUGUUAUUCUAGUGUCUGACAUUAAUGAAAUAAUCCCUACAGAGAUGUACCUUUGUGUUAAAGACAAAAAUGAAUUUCCAAACCAUAAGAUAGUCACUGUAUCAUUCUAGUGGACAGACUCCAUUGACUUAAACAGUAAUUUCACCCUAAUGUGUACUGGGCAACUUCUGCCUUGACCUGCUAGUUUGUAUGUGAUUGCAUGUCACAAGAUGUUGUGUUGGAUACGAUGUGUCCCAGCUUUUUUGACUACGGCACUGACUUGCACAGGGGUGGCAUUGAGUAACUUAUUUACCUACUCUGCCUCAGUUCACCAAUAAUAUCUGCUUUUAAGUACGGUAAAAUCCAGUGAAUAAAACAUUUUAGUACCUAUGUUUUCAUCUAAAUAGACCAAUAUACUUGUAUAAAAUGCUGAGACAAAGACCAUCAUCCUGAGCCCUUUUUGCAUAAGCACUCCUGAAAAUGUUCUUUUAAAAAGUAAUAAUGAAUAAUGAUGUGGAAAUUUUCAGGGUAGCCAAACCAGAACAUUUGGCUUGUGUUUGAAGACAAACUAAGUAUAACUUCCUUCACACAUGCACCCCACUCAGAAAAAUUUAGGAAAUUUUGAGGAAUUUUGUGCAAGUGCAAAUAAGGCUAUUCACUGCACAUGACCAGAAACUAUUGAAAAUUCACUUCCAUUCAUGUGCUUCAUUUUUUAUAAUUUUCUGGAAUAAACCAGACUGACUACGCCACUUUUUACCAUCCCAUCUCUGUCAUUAGGAUAACAAUGCUGCAUUUAAUUUAACAGCGGUGUACUGCAUAGUAAAUAAACCUUGUGGAGGGUUGGUUUGAUUGAAGACUCAAUUUAAGACAAGAAGUCGCCUGAGGAGUUGAACAAACUUGGGCCUUCACUUCAUAACUGUGAAUGUUACUGUAUGCUAAGGCCUCAUCUACUAUGCUAUCACCUAUCAAACAGCUGACCUCCACAUGGUGAAAACAGAUGUCGCUAAUAGAGAAACACAGCUGCACAGAACUUGCAAAACAUAGUAGAACUCAUCCUGCAGGAAGACAGUUUAAAAAAUUUUCCCUCUUGAAGCCCCCCCCGAAGAAUACUGUCUUAUUCUCUGGAUUUUACUGUAACACAACAGAAUGGCAACCUUCAAAUCUUCCUAGCUUUAAAAUUCUGCAUGUCAGCUCCAACACAAACAUGCAAAAAUGUAUUUACUAGUAACUUCAUUGCAAGUACAUCAGUAUGAAGAAGUUACCUUGCAACAUUUUAUGGACUCUUUUCCUGAAUACCUGCACAAUGAAAUCAAUGAACAGAGUAUUUAUUUACAAUUUAAAUACCAACAAAAAGAAUUAUGCUACAUUGACAUGUAGGCACUACUAGUAUCCUGUUGUAACAGCUUGAAUAGCAGACUUAACACUCUCAUAUGGAUGCAGGAUACUGGAUUUUUGCUGGCGCCCAAUAUGCCAGUACUUACAAAUUACAUUAUUAUAGAUACUGAUAUUUAAAUGUAGUUCAGACCUAAAAUUUUAGUCCUUAAAAUGCACUUUAAAGUUUAUGGAAUAAGGAUGAAUCAGUCUGUUGGUCCAGCCUAAAAUUCCAACUUAUUUGUUCAUACGUCCAAUAUUUUCAGUUGGUACAGGCAGAUUUUAUAGCCAAAAUUUCUGUUCUAAAUAUCAGCAGAAAUCUUCAUAUCUGCUGAUACCAAUAAUUCACUCUUUAAAAUAAUAUCUGCCGAUACCGAUAAUAUCGUGCAUCCUUAAGGUCUCAACUCUCACACAGCAAACAUCCAGUCAAAGAGGAGGAUUUUUGGGGUGGCCACCCGUAAGCACCCCUCUGGGCACACCCCUAGUUGGAUCUAGUCAAACUCUUUAAAGCACCAAAAAACCCACAUCAAAAUCUUUUUCCCUGCUGCAGUUCUAGCACCUUUGGUACCAGUUAUAUUGAAAUAAAUAUGAAUAAAUAACAAUUUGUGUUAUGCCCAGUUUAAAAAUACAGUAAAACCUACCAUUGUUCCAUCAGUGUCCUUUUAACAAAAUUAACCCCUUUGAAGUUUUGUAGUAAAACUUUCAGUCUGCAUCAUAAAAAAAGACAUUAAUUAAUGUAAGCUAAUCAGUGAUUUUGUGCUGAUAUAAACACUAAAAAAAUACAUGGAGAAGCUAUACAGUUCUUAAUAGAAAAUACUUAUAAAUAAAAAAAGUAAAACCAAAAACAUCAUCAAGCUGUUGGAGCAUAUAUUCUGUGAUUUUCUUCACAGAUCUCUGCAAGUGCAAAUCCAAAUAACGGUUCUUAUGUGAUAUCAUUAUGCAAGUUUUUUUUCCUAUCUAAUGCCUUUUAAUUGUAAAAUUAAUUCUUAUUACUUGCUUCAAACAUGGCCGCUGGCCGAAGAGAAUUAUGUCCCAACUUUAUAACUAACAUGCAAAGUUUACCCCAGAGGUGAAUGACGUGGACGGUCUAUGUAAACAUGAAUUAUGCAUCAUGCACUUUGGUAGAUUUCAGACUAACUGCAGAGAAGGUCAUUAACUAUAGAGCUAUAAAAGAAAAUUCUAUGUAGACAAAAGCAGUGCAUGCUUUUUCAAAUGGUACUUACGUUUUGUUCUCCCUCUCUGUACAGUAAAGGUUCUCUAAUGAUCGCGCCUUAAACCCACAGACCUUAAAAUGUUUCACCUCUAGUGACAGAACAGUCUUUAUAAAAUGCUCCAAAUUUAGAGAUACUCAGUAUGAUCUCAAAUUUAAUAUGGUUUUCAUGGUACCUAAUUAACUUUAAAUUUAGAGUUAUUUAAUUUAUGCAGCUAUGAAUGAACUCGUGUAUCUGGAUGUAGAACGAUGCAGAGUAGUUAAGGACAGACUGUUUGUGUGGCUGAUUCAUGAAGGUGCCUCAGCAGCAGCAGCCUCUGUACAAACACAGGUCUGAUCUGUUGUUUUUAGUCUCUACUCCGCUGAUGCUUUUAGCAGUGGAAUGUUACAUAUUUUACUUGAUAUUUUUAUUUUUUAUGUAAGUGCGAAUAUAAUGUUAUUUUUUAAAAGAACGAUUACUGAUGUUGAAAUAAUUUUUAUUGAAAAAAAAAAGCUCAUGUUCAAAUUUCAGUCUUUUGUUUAUACUGUGUGAUGUUGGCUACACACCAGAUGGUUUUCAAAUCUUAGCUAAUUUUAAGAAUGACAUGGGGACAGCUACAACUGAUUUGUUCACAUUAUAAUCCUCUAAAUUCUCGAGACAGACCAAGAGGCCACACUCCCGUGGUGAUUCCACAGAUGAGAUCUCACAGAAACUCGUGAUUAAAUGUGUUUUUAGAAGAAAAUCAGAUAUGGAGGAUGACUGAUGUGAUCAGCUGCCUGUCCUGGGCUGUAUUUAUUUUUGAGUGAAACACAAAAAAACAAGGAUAUGUGAAAUCCUGGCCAAGAAGGCGGCAUUGUGUGACAGCAGUAAAUUACACUACAUCUAGCUGGUAAAGCCGUCCACUCUGCUUGCUCUCAUUGGCAAUUGCAGCCCGAUCUUCAGUCAAGGCUUUGACUUGAUCAUGAGCAACAAAUGAUCAUAUUGGUGGGAAAACUUGAGGGUUUUAUUAAUUAAAAAAUUGGUUGUGACAAGCCUCAAAUUGGGAAACUCAUUUUUGAUUGUUUAGGGGGCAAGUCGGGCCUUAAAUCAUCUAGUCUGUAGCCAUUAUAACUUGGGUUGUAAUUGGGGUUACUACUACAUGCAUCACAGUAACAAGUUGAUCAGCUGUAAGCCACAGUUACAGUACAUGCACAGUGACCAAAACGUAAUGUUUCUAUGCCUUGUGUCCAGGUAAUUCUGCAGAUUUCCUCUGAGAUUUUCUUAGUGUCAUCAUGUUUUAUGGAUGAGUAAGAUCUGUCCUUUUACAAUAUCGUCAUCUGGUGGUUCAUGUUCUAUGCAAAGUCACGGCACUUCAGAGACCCGAAGAAGGAACAAAAGGAGUAUUAUGAUUGAUGAAAUUACCAGUGUUCAUUUCAGGUGAAUUAAAAUGCCAAAGGAGUUAAAAACCAGUGAAUAAUUCAGAGAUGUAUCUCUGAACAUCACCAUCAUCACAGUGUUAAAGGCAAGUCCAUAAAGUGUGUGAACUGUGGAUGACUUAAUGUGGACUUAAAUGACUGUGACUCUGGGUUUGAUGAUAUGGAUCAGCGUAACUGAAAUAUGGACUUAUUGAUGGUUUUGUUUCAACUUCUGUUUUAUUUUUGAUUGUAUGAUCUAUUAAAAAAGGAUUAACUGAUAACCAUGGA